AUGGCAACAAAACAACAACAACAAAAAAAUUCAGAAACUAAAGUACAAACAAGGGCUGGCAAAAUCAACGCAAAUUGUGAGGAACAUCAUCAAAAUGAGAAUAAUUUUUCAUCAAAUGAGAUAUUAGAGCAGCUAGCAAGCAUUAAAGAGUCCUUAAAAGCCAUUAAUUUAGUCCUUGAGUGCAACACCUCAGAAGCUAAAGUUACAAACCAAUCCAUCAAAAAACUACAGAAUGAUGUGACAAAAAUUGAUGCAAAUCUGAGCGAUAUGCGAAGAGAAAUUGAUGAAAAUAAUGAAAAGUUAGAAGUUAUGGGUAAGAACAUGGAUUGCACAGAAGAAAAAGUCGAGAAUCAACAGAAAACGAUCGAACAACAAGCCAAGUUAAUAAAAUGCCAACAAUCAAUAAUUAAUUCACUCCAGCAAAGAAAUAAAUCAACACAAAUAUCUAUUCACAACAUUCCAAGUCAUCUAGAUAAAGAUCAAGUCAAUAAAUCAAUAAGCAACUGGUCCAAACUUGACUUUUCACACGAAACAAUCAAAAGUGCAUCAUUAGUCAAACAGAAGAUGAAACAUACUGCAAACUAUUACAUUAAUUUUUACUCAGACAACAUCAAAGAUCGCUUCAUGGGAUUUAUUAAAUCAAAACAAAGAGAUACAAGCAAAAAGUAUGUGCCGAUUCUAUGUGAGCAUAUUUUUGAUAUUCCAGAAGAUGACCCAUGUAGAGGAAUCGAAAUCAAUGUAAGAAUAGUGAUGUCUGAUAUGAACAAGAAAAUAUUCAAUCGUGCUAGAGAAGUUAAAUCUUUAUUCGAGUUUGUAUGGCUUGAUUUAGACGGCUACAUCAAUGUUAAGGAGAAAAAAGACAGUAAAGCCAUUAGAGUCACAUCAAUUGAGCAACUGGAAGAGGAAAUCACCAAUAAGCAGCAACAAAACGAUGAGUCACUGAAUUAA